UCUUCUUUUUAUUAUGACUAUGAACUAUGAAGAUCUCUGGACACACCAUGGCUUAGUGGUUAUCACGUUCUCCUCACACCUCCAGGGUCGGGGGUUCGAUUCCCACUGUGGCCCUGUGUGUGUGGAGUUCGCAUGUUCUCCCCGUGCUGCGGGGGUUUCCUCCGGGUACUCCGGUUCCCCCCCCAGUCCAAAGACAUGCAUGGUAGGCUGAUUGGCGUGUCCAAAGUGUCCGUAGUGUAUGAAUGUGUGUGUGAUUGUGCCCUGUGAUGGAUUGGCACCCUGUCCAGGGUGUACCCCUCCUUGUGCCCCAUGCUCCCUGGGAUAGACUCCAGGUUCCCCGCGACCCUGAAGGACAAGCGGUAUAGAAGAUGGAUGAGAGAGAGAGAGAGAGAGAGAGAGAGAGUCAGAGUCAGCUGGAGGGCGCUGUUUCUUCUGUAAUUAGAGCUGGUCCUCACACACAUAUACACACACACACACACACACAUACACAGAGACACACACACUUCGUUCACGCGCUGUGCAAUGAAAUACACGAGCUAUAGCUGAAGCAGUUUGCAGCGCGCGCGGAGUCACUGGGAUUCUCCGUUAACGGGAUUUGGCGGAAGCGGAUUAACGGAUUUAAACCUGACUCAAAAAAACACCUGUUAAAAAAUCAUUUCCGGUUCCGUUGGUGUAUGGCCGUGCGCCAUGGCCACGCUGUUCGAGUGCAGGGUUCAGUUCUUGGACGACAUUGACCCGUUCAAUAGCACCAACUUCCCGGAGCCCGCGCGCCCGCCGCGCUACUCCUUCCGCCAGGACGCACCGCUCGGAGACCAGCUGGCCGCCGUGCACGCGCUCCUGCGCCCGCCGCACAAGUUAGAUGACUGUGCUCUUCAGCUCUCCCAUAACGGCACAUAUUUGGACUUGGAAUCAUCUCUUGAUGAACAAAUUGAUGAACUGGAGGGAUUUCAGCAGGAUGACUGUGGAGUGAAGGGAAAGAAACACAGUAUUAUCCUGAGGACUCAGCUGAGUGUCCGUGUUCACGCUUGUAUCGAGAAGCUGUAUGACUGUAAUGGCAGAGAUCUCAGAAGGGCUUUAUUCUCUCUCAAACAAAUAUUUCAGGACGAUAAGGACCUGGUCCAUGCAUUUGUGAUGGCGGGGGGACUCACAUGUCUGAUUAAAGUCGGAGCCGACGCGGACCAGAACUACCAAAACUACAUCCUGCGAGCUGUAGGUCAGAUCAUGCUCUAUGUGGAUGGGAUGAAUGGGGUCAUAGGUCAUCCGGAGACCAUCCAGUGGCUCUACAUUCUGAUUGGCUCAAAGUUUCGUCUAGUAGUCAAGACAGCCCUGAAGCUCCUGCUGGUGUUUGUGGAAUAUUCAGAGUCAAACGCCACACUGCUUAUUCAAGCCUUCAAUGCUGUCGAUGCAAAGAGAGGACAGAAACGGUGGUCCAACGCUAUGGAGAUAUUAAACGAGAAAGACGGCAUGGACACGGAGCUACUAGUGUACACCAUGUCCCUCAUUAACAAGACUCUGGCAGCUCUGCCUGAUCAGGAUUCGUUCUAUGACCUGGUGGAUGUUCUGGAGGAGCAGGGCAUAGAACUCAUGACCUCACGCUACAGCACACACAGGAGCACCGAUCCUGAACUGCGGGAGCAAAUCAGAAUAUAUGAGGUAACACUUCAGCAUGAGGAUGGUGAUGAUGAGGGUCAGGCCCUGCCCACAGACCUCAGGUCCACUGUGGGCAGGGCUAAGGGUCAGGGUUUAGAGAGACGCCGCAGUCGUCGGCACUCAUUGGGCAGAACAGGCCACGACUCCCCUUUAAGCCCCGAAUCCUCACAUAGGACAAACUUAAAUAGGAGUGAGCAGAGGCAGGUGAGAUCAUUUUCCACCCUUAGUGCUCCACCUACUCCCAACAAUCAGCAGAAUGAUAGGCCUCCUCUUCUUCUGUCCUCCUCCUAUCGGCAGCAUCAGGAGUCCCUGGCAGCGGAGAGAGAGAGGCGGAGGAUUGAACGGGAGGAGAGACUACAGAGGAUAGAGAGAGAGGAGAGGAAUCGACACAGUCGGGACUAUGCUGUGAACAGGGAGGAGGCUCGAUUAGCUCGGGAAGAAAGAUUUAAAACUGCAGAAAGGUUAGCAGCAGAGGAAUAUGAGCGAGAACGAGCACCGCAUGGCUUCUCAGGCAUCUGUCAAUCAUCUCAGGAUGACACACCCACUUUUGCCAUGUCACAGGAGGUUCUGGAUGUGUCCACUAUAUCACACCUGCCAGAUGACGAGUUAGAAUCAGACUUGCUCUCCCACUCAGAACCUGAGCAAAAGGAACAUGAAGAGGAAGAAGAGGAGAUCAGUGCCGAACAGGUCAUGGAAGAAGCAGAAGAAGAAGGGGAGGAACCUGUAGAGGAAGGGGAGGAGCCUGAAACAGAAGUGGAAGAGCCAGAUAACAAUACUCAGGAUACAGAAGUGGAAGAUAGUGGAAUCUUGAGCGAUAAAGAACGACAGGAUGAAGAAGUGAAUGAAAAAGAUAACUGCUCGGCAUCUAGUAUAUCAUCCAGUAGCACUCUGGAGAGAGAGACAGGUCUGAGCAGUGAGCAAUGUAGAGACAUCUUAAAUAGCAAACUCUUCAUGCUGGACAUGCUGUACUCGCAGAGCAUGAAACCCAGUGAGGAAGAAGAGGAAGAGGAGGCAGAGAAUGAAAAGGAAGCUGGUACACAAGAAAAUGAAAGUGUGGAGUCACUGGUAGUGGGCGGGUCUAAUAUGAGUGAGGAAAACAGCGGUGAGAAAAAGCUUGAGAGUGGAACAGUGCAAGCUUUUGCUGAACGCUUUGGAGACCUUGUCAAAGGCCUGAACUCUCCACCAGCUGAAAUACAGGAACAGCAGAAGCCCCUCCCUCUCCCACCACUUCCACCCACCAAAACAGAGUCUGACCAUAUAUGGGAUCAACUAAUGGUGAAGCCUCAUGAGCUGCGCAUCAGAGACAUUGACUUCACCGAUUUGGGUGAUGAGGAUGAUCAGGACAUCUUGGAUUCAGGAGGUUUAAUUGGGUCAGAAACUCUGGCUCCACCCCCACCUCCCCCUCCUCCAUGCCCCUUCAACACUGCCCCUCCCCCACCCCCUCCAGCCCCUGGAGCUGGGCCAGCUCUGCCUCCUCCCCCUCAACCAGAGUGUUCACUCUUCCAGAAGAAGAAGAAGACAAUCCGUUUGUUCUGGAGUGAGGUGAGGCCGGACGAGUGGCGGUUUCUGGGAUUAAGAAGGGGACACCUGUCCCUCUGGUCAAAACUGGAACCAGUGAAACUGGACAUGAGCAAACUGGAGCACCUAUUUGAGAGCAAGUCCAAGGAAAUGAAUGUAAUCAAGAAAACAGUAGUGGAUAGUAAAAGGCAAGAGAUCAUUGUCCUGGAUUCCAAACGCAGUAAUGCCAUUAACAUCGGGCUCACUGCGCUCCCUCCACCACGAACCAUCAAAGCCGCCAUACUCAACUUUGAUGAAUAUGCACUCAACAAGGAGGGCAUUGAGAAGCUCCUGAUGAUGGUUCCAACUGAAGAGGAGAAGCUGAGGAUUCAGGAAGCUCACAUGUUGAAUCCUGAUGUUCCUUUGGGCAGUGCUGAGUCCUUCCUACUAACUCUCUCUUCCAUCAGUGAACUCUGUGCUCGCCUCCACCUUUGGGCCUUUAAAAUGGACUAUGAAACCAUUGAAAAAGAAGUGGCAGAGCCUUUACAGGACCUGAAGGAGGGCAUGGAGCAGCUGGAGAAGAAUAAGACAUUCCGCUACAUCCUCUCAGCUGUGCUUGGUAUUGGAAACUUUCUCAACGGAUCUAAAGCUAAAGGUUUUGAGCUGAGUUACCUGGAGAAGGUUCCAGAGGUGAAGGACACAGUCCAUAAACAAUCUCUACUGCACCAUGUCUGUUCAGCAGUAGUGGAAAACUUCACAGAUAGUACAGACCUUUACUCGGAGAUUGGCGCUAUUACACGCUCUGCUAAGGUGGACUUUGACUUGCUGCAGGAGAAUCUGGCACAGAUGGAACGCCGCUGCAAAGCAUCAUGGGAAAAUUUGAAGCUGAUUGCUAAGCACGAGAUGAAACCAGCACUCAAGCAGAAGUUGACUGACUUCCUGAAGGACUGUGCAGAGAGGAUUAUCAUAUUGAAGACUGUCCAUCGCCGCAUUAUCAAUCGGUUCCAUGCAUUCCUGCUCUUUCUCGGUCACCCAGCAUUCGGAAUUCGUGAGAUCAGCGUUCAUCGGUUCUGCAAAAUCAUUAGUGAAUUUGCACUGGAGUACCGAACCACACGAGAGAGAAUACUCCAGCAAAAACAGAAACGAGCUGACCAUCGUGAGAGGAACAGAACACGCGGCAAGAUGAUCAUGGACAUCAAUGCCACAACAGAUGAUGAAGAAGAGAAUGGGACAAGUCAGGGAGCUGGAAGCAGCUGCAGCAGUAGUGUCCCUACAGUAAGAAAAAGUGAAAUGCAGGGACUGAACCAUGAGGAAGAUGCAGCAGAGCAUGAAAAUAUGAAAGCAAUACUAAAGAGAAGCCAGCAGGGUAGCAGCACUAACCGGUGCGGAGUACCGGGAUUACGCACACGGACAAGGGCAAGACCCAGCAGAAGUCGUACUGCGGCAGCAUCAGCAAAUGAAGAUAGCAUGACCAACGAUGCAGCUGAUGAGAUCAUGGAACGAAUAGUACGUUCGGCUACACAGAAUUCACAAGAUCGCACCCAACCACGUGAACGGAGACGCUCCCGCGCCAACCGUAAAUCAUUGAGGAGGACAUUAAAGAAUGAUUUGACCCCAGAGGAGGCACAAGCCCUUUGUUUGGAAGCCUUGGUGAUGCAGGUGUGACGAUAUAACCUUUAUAAUCUUUACACAAACACGUACGCCUAUCACUACUGUAGCAGUGAUACCAUUUUUGAGUGGGGGAGUCUGUAUUAGAUUUUUGAGAUCAGGGUUGCAGUGCACCAGUAAGUUUUUUUGUUUUAACCUGUAGCAUCAUUACUGUUUGUGGGUGUAAACGUAUUGGUGCUGCACAAGCAUUUUUUGCUGGUUGUAUUAGGUAUAGGAACUGAAGUUUGUGGUUUUUUUUGUUUGUUUGUUUUUAGAAUCACUUUAGUGUUUUCUGUUUCUAACAUUUAUUUUCUUUCUUUUGUAGUGAUGGAUUCAAUGCCAUUGUAGAGUAAAUGCAGAAUAUCUCCACAGGAACAGAAAAACAAGCAAGACUGUACUGUUAUUUGCAAAGAAUUUCUGAUUUAUGAAAAAUUUAGUAAAAAUAUGAUAAAAAUAAGUUAGACUUGCAGUAUUCCUUUAAUAAUAUUGCGUUGGGUAAUACACCCCCUUUCAGCAACUCGUGUUGAAUUUUCUUUUAUGAGAGGGAUUUACACAAGGAUUUUUUGUUUUGUUUUUAGGGAUUUUUCUAUAUUUUGAAGUGUCCUGAAAGCACUAGAAAGUGUUCACUAUUAAAACUGAACGAGUGAAAUGACCCCUAUAAUGAGUGAGGGGAUUCAAACCAGGGAAAGUGGAUGAGGGUGCAUUAAAAUGAGUAUUGAAACACAGCCUCUUUUUCACUCUCUGUAGUAUGUGGGCUUUAAACAUUGCCUUUCAUUAUUAAUAACUUUAAUUCACUGUUUAUUUUUCUCUGCUUAUUUUAUUUUACUGCUUAUUUUAUCAAACACAUUUGACCAUGUUUAUGUUCUAAUUUGUUAAAAAGAAUAACCUUGAAUGACAUAUUACUGUAAUAAUUGUACAGUAUUUUGACCCAACUGUCCUGUGCACAUUAUUUGAGAGAUUCAUAGUAAAAAUUAAAGAUUUAUAUUGGUUAGAUAUUAACAGAAGCCACAUUUAGUUCUUUUUAAAGUGUAAUUGAAUGGUUGAUAUUGCAUUUCUUUCAAAUUAUUCUGGAAAAAGUACCUUGUAAUAUUUUGGUUUUGUACAAAAUUUCCAAAUGCCCUUCUUUAAUACUGCUAUGUGGUUUGUUUAUCUUUUCUAUGUAUUAUAUGCUAUUUCACUGUAUAAAUUGUGUUACGUUUUAAUUUAAUGAAGAUAUAAAAAAACAACUUGCACGGUCACAUAAAUACACAGCUGUGCUUUACGUUUACACACAGCACUUGAUCUAUACUACAGUGCAUGGCUUUUAUUUAUUUAUUUAUAAAGAUUAAAAUGAGCGUU